AUGAUCGUAGAAUGGUGCACCCAAUUCUUGGACCCGCGAGCUUCCAAAGACCUUGAUAUCCCGCGCGCACUCAUCAUUCUGAAUCAACCUUUUAGUGUUAGCCUGUUAAAGACCCUCUGGGCUGCCUCCGAAUGGCGUUCUUGCGCCGACGGCGGCGGUAAUCGUUUAUAUGAUGUCUUGGGCACGAGCGGUCACCCAGACCUUCGAAAUUCUGACAUCAAGUCUAGAUUUCUCCCUGAUAUGGUGAAGGGUGAUUUCGACUCUUUACGGGACGAUGUUAGAUUGUACUACACUUCACUGAAUGUACCAGUAAUUCACGAUUCCAACCAAGAUUCUACGGACCUCAUGAAAUGCGUGCAAGCACUUGAAGAGAAAGAACGUUUAACUGGACGGGAGUUUGAUAUUGUGAUCCUGGGAGGUCUCUCCGGAAGGUUGGAUCAGACUGUACAUACACUAUCAUACCUCCACAAGCUCCGUAAGACCCGCAAACGCGUCUUCACAGUCACCGACGAUAACGUAGGAUGGGUUCUUGAUGAGGGUGAACAUCUCAUCCACAUCAACCACGACGUAUUAGGACAAACGUGUGGGCUCCUCCCUGUCGGCAUCGACUCAACCAUCCUGACGACAACUGGGUUGAGGUGGAACCUGGACAACACGGAGUCAUCAUUUGAUGGACUUGUGUCCACGUCAAAUCAUCUCGUACCAGGACAAGACGUCACGAUCAAGACCUCCAAGCCAAUCUGGUGGUGCGCGGAGCUACGGGAACACUGA